CGGGCCAGCCCCGGCCCCGGCCCCGGCCCCGCUCCCGGCCCCGGCCAUGCCGCGCCGCCGCCGCAGCCCCCGGUGACAGCGCAGAGGGACAGGGCUGGGGGUGUCUGCCCCGUGCUGGCAGUGCCCCCGCGCCAGCCAGCCAUGUCGGAGAGCGGGGCCGAGGCGCCGGGAGCCGGGAGCCCCGCGGAGGGUGGCGAGACGGGCACCAGCCAUGAGCUCCUGCAGCGGCUCCGCGAGCUGGAGGCAGAGAACUCGGCCCUGGCACAGGCCAACGAGAGCCAGCGGGAGACGUAUGAGCGCUGCCUGGACGAGGUCGCCAACCACGUGGUGCAAGCCCUGCUCAACCAGAAGGACCUGCGGGAGGAGUGCAUCAAGCUGAAGAAAAGGGUCUUCGACCUGGAGCGCCAGAACCAGACGCUGAGCGACCUCUUCCAGCAGAAGCUGCAGCUCUCGGCCGGCUCCCUGCCCCAGCUGCCCUCGCACCCGCCGCCGGCGCCCGCGGAGGCCCCGAGCAGCCCCCAGCCGGGCUCCGCCGAGCAGCCGCCCGCUCUGCCGCUGCCGGCGUGCUGCGGCCCCCCGAGAGAGGCGCCGGCAGAGGGGCCGGCGGGCGCCGUGGGGCUGGACGCCCUCUCGCCCUUCCUGAAGAAGAAAGCGCAGAUCCUGGAGGCGCUGCGCAAGCUGGAGGAGACGGCGCCGGUGCUGGGCACCUCGCCGCCGGUGCCGCCCGGCUCGCCCGAGUCCCGCGCCAGCGCCCGGCCGCCGGGCCAGCCCCGCUGCGGGCACUGGGGCGCCGACGGCAGCCCCUGCUCCUCGCCCGAGGGGGCCGGGCCACCGCGGGGGGCCCUGCUCAGCGCCCUGGCCGAGCGGCUGCUGCGGGGCGACGGCGGUGCCGAGGAGGGCGGCCACCCCGCGCCGCCGGCGCCCUGCAAAGCGCGCAAGGCGCCGGGGCCGCCCGCGCCGCCGCGGCUCAGCCCCCAGCUCGCCCGCGCCUCCCGCAUCCCGUGCCGCGGCGGCGGCCACGCCGAGGCCUCGCCGCCCGGCGCCGAGCCGCCCGCCCGCUGCUACUCGUCAGUGGGCGCCCGGCCCGAGGGCGAGGGGGCCAAGGCGGGCGGCAAGGGCCGCGCCGGGGGCGGCCGGACGCCGCCGCGGGCCCCGCCGGGCAAAGCCGCCCGCAGCCCCCACGGCAGCCCCACCAAGCCGCCCGCCAAGGCGGCCGCCGGCAAAGCCGGGGCGCCGCGGCCGGACGAGCCGGCGCCCGCGGGAACCCGCAAGGCGCCCGCCGGCCCCGACCCCCCCGGUGCCGCCGCCGCCGCCGCCGCCGCGGCGCACUCGGCCAUCGAGGAGAAGGUGAUGAAGGGCAUCGAGGAGAACGUGCUGCGGCUGCAGGGCCAGGAGAAGGCGCCGGCGGGCGAGGUGAAGCCCAAGGCAGCCGGCGGCCUCGCCAGCUGGUUCGGGCUGCGCAAGAGCAAGCUGCCGGCGCUGAGCCGCCGCGCCGAGGCCGCCAAGGGCCGGGACUGGGCCGGGGCGCCGGCGCCGCUGCGCCGCGAGGUCAAGCUGGCCGCCCGCAAGCUGGAGGCCGAGAGCCUCAACAUCUCCAAGCUGAUGGAGAAGGCGGAGGACCUGCGCAAGGCGCUGCAGGAGGAGCAAGCCUUCAUCAACGGGCUGGCGCUGGAGAAGGGGCGGCCGCGGGCCCGCGGCGGCCCCCCCGAGCGCGGCGCCAGCCAGCUGCAGGUCAUGUACCAGGAGGUGACCGCCGAGACCUUCAUGCAGCAGCUGCUCAACAGGGUGGACGGGAAGGACGUGUCCUACGAGAGCCGCCUGGAGCACAAGCGGGACCUGUGCGACUUCCAGCGGGUCUCCCCCGACGCCAAAGACCCCCGGCUCUUCCGCCCGCCCCGCAACGGCAUCGUGGGCCACCUGCGGGGCUGCCAGGAGCCCCCCGACAAGGGGCCCGACCUGGCGCUCCGGGACGAGCUGCCGUCGGACGAGAGCUUGUCCGAGUCCGGCACGUCGCAGCAUUUCCCAGCCUGCGGGUCCCUGACGCGGACGCUGGACAGCGGCAUCGGGACCUUCCCGCCGCCGGACUACUGCGGCGGAGCGCCGGCCAAGAGCGCGCCGAAGCCGCGCGGGCGCCCCGAGGCGGCGCCGGGGCCCGGGCCGGCGCGGCCGGCCGCCCUCACCAAAGUGCCGCGCAAGGCCCGGACGCUGGAGCGGGAGGUGCCCAGCGUGGAGGAGCUGCUGGUGCCCGGGAAGCACCAGAGCAUGCCGGCGUUUCACGGCGUGCUGGCGUGCGCCGAGCCCCCCGCCGGCCUGCCCGGCCACCGCGGCUGUCCCCAAGACGCCGAAGCCGGCAAGCCAUGGCGCGUCCAGCAGGGCGGGAACUGGACCUUCCCGAACGCCAAAGCGUGCGGUGCCGCCGACCCCUUCCUCUGCGCCGCCGGGGCGCCGGGGGGGCUCUGCCGCCCCGCGAUGGCACCCACGCGCGGCCCGGCGGGGCGGCGGGGGGCGUCCCCGGAGGCGCCGCCGCCGCUGCCCCCCGCCCUGAGCGCCAGCAGCAGCCGGACGCCCAGCGCCUCGGACGUGGGCGACGAGGGCAGCACGGAGGCGCGGUCGCGGGACGCGGGGCAGGGCCCCCCGGGGCUCGAGCACUCCGAGUCGCUCAGCGACUCGCUCUACGACAGCCUCUCGUCCUGCGGCAGCCAGGGCUGAGGCCGCCGCGGCCCCCCCCCCCUCGCCCCCCUGCCCGGCCCGGCCCGGCCGGGCUCGCACGUCUUCCACCCCGGACCCUUCCCCCUGCUCCCGC